AUGGCAGCACCAGCAGCAUCUGACCUCGUAUAUAUUUUCAUCGAUUACUCUAAUGUCACUUAUGGUUCGCAAAGCAACCUUAGAAUUGCGAAUGAUGUUUUUAAUGUCGAUCCCAAUCGACUCGUCAUAACAGUUUGUAAUGGAAGAAAAUUGGGAGGGGUUUUCAUUGCUGGCUCUGAUCCACCAAUUGAUGAUGAGUUAUGGGUGCGAGCGUUAGACCUUAAGUUCAAUGUCAAUAUUUUUCCACUAACCGCGGGAAGAGAGAAAAAAGUUGACACACAACUUGCAGUUGAUAUGAUGGACAUCAUAUACAGCAAGAAUCCGGGUACAUUAGUAUUAGUCUCUGGCGAUGCCGACUUUAUUAUCCCAUUAGACAAGGCCAAAGAAAAGAAUUGGAGGAUCGAAAUAUGGUCUUGGUCUAGAGGAAUAUCUAAUGAACUUAAGAAAUUUCCUUAUUUAUCGUUGGAAGAUCAUUUCAAGUCUUUCGCGUAUAUCACCGAAAAACAUGCCACGGACAAAAGACAUACUCUUGAGAUUAGUGGUGAUAUAAUUAAUAGUUGGAAAUGUAAGAACGAACCGAUAAUGGAAUGUUUUCGUGCUCUAAAUUUAUUGUGUCAGUUUUAUUGGGAAGAUGACACAACCGCUCAUUUGUAUUUUGAUAGUGAAAGUAAAUUGAUACAUGCAAGAGAUUGGUUAUCAAAGAGUUAUCCGGAUCUGUUAGUAAAUGAACCAUUUUUAAUUGUGACUAUGACUGAAAGUAUAAUGUUAGUUCGAGAUUAA